GACAAGGAGGCGAGUUGGUGGAAAAUGAGUGGAGGGAGGCUGUUAUCUGAGGGUGAAAUUAUACAUUACCACCAUGAAAUGUCUUUUGUUUUGAUCAAAGUCGCAAUUAUGUCUUUUUUGAACGUGGACCGAACUGCUCCGGGGGAAAUUUGCUGAUACUUGAGGAUUUGCAAAGCAUUUUAAAACGGUUUUAUUUGAAGAGUGCCAGAGACCCACCGAUAUCCGUUAUUUUUUCCGCAGCCAGGAUGCCGCGGGACAACAAAACUCCUCUUAUCCAGAAAAUCGCAAAGCAAGCCUAUGCCAUCUUUAAGUCGGCGGCCAACGGGGAUAACAAUGUCGUUGCAGAGAAACAGACUGAACUAAUCUCUUUAGUGACUGCGGUCAGGGCUGCCGACCUCAAAAUUGCACCCCGGAAAACCAAACCGAGCUCCGUGGCAGCGGGGCUCCAAACCCCCCCGGUUACCUACAUGCACAUCUGCGAGACUGAGGUGUUCAGCAUGGGGGUGUUCCUGCUGGGGACCGGCGCCUCCAUACCGCUGCAUGACCACCCGGGCAUGAACGGGAUGCUAAAGGUUCUCUAUGGGAAGGUGAGUGUUCGCUGUUUUGACAAGCUGGAGGAUAACCUGACUUUCAGCACUGUGCCGCCUCAUUUCGAGCCUCCACUGGCUCCGUUCCAGACGGCCUCUCUGCGGCGCUCCGUGCUUCGCUCAGUCGCUGAAUACUCAGAAAACAGCGGGCCGUGCCUCCUCACUCCUGUACGGGAUAACCUUCAUCAGAUUGACGCAGUGGAGGGGCCGGCUGCGUUCCUGGAUAUCCUGGCACCUCCGUACAAUCCAGAUGAUGGAAGGGACUGUCACUAUUACAAAGUCCUGCAAACUAUGGCAGAGGGGGAAACUGAUGGAAAGAGAAAUGAGGAGCAGCAGGAAGAGGAGAAGGAGAAACAAGAGGAGACAUGGCUGCUAGAAGUCCCUCAACCAGAGGACUUCUGGUGUGGUGGGGAACCCUACCCAGGCCCUGCAGUCUCGAUCUGAAUGAAACCUCUGAUCAGAGGAAGCACACUGCAGUAUAUGACCGUGUUAACAUAGUGUUGUCCAUCUAUCCACAAGGGGAAACUGUUAGCCCUGUUCCACAGGGAAAUCAAACAUGAGGGUCAUUAUUAAUUCCUGGAAGUCAAAGGGAUUGAAUGCCUUGCUCAAAGGAUGCUACAGCAGGGCAGAAAGUUGUAGAAACAUGAGCUUGACAGAGAAUCAGGACCACUGAACUGCCUUCCACAAACCGCUAAUAACUUUGUACUGAGAAAAGAUUUGACUCAAGGAAUUCACAUUCCUAAUAUUUGUCAGGAUUAUUAGGUUGCCUUGUACACACAUGAAUGUCAUCAGUCAAAUGUUCUGUGAAUGCUGGGGUGUCAUUAGGUUCUCUUAUGUGAGGCUUGGAAACCUUGUACACAUUUUUCACACUCUGCUGCAGAGGACUUCCAUAUUGUAACAUGUCUUAAUGCCAAAGCCUGUAACUCGAGUUGAAUAUUGAAUGUAUACUUAUUAAGAGUGCCAUUUUCUAUUGUACACACUCAUUUCCUCUUCCAAAGUGCACAGACUACAUAAUAUAUACCUUAUUUUUAUUUUAUGUGUUUAUAGGGGAAAAAGAUGAUAUUCAACUUUUUCUACAUAUUCUGUGAUGUCAUGUCUCCUACUGUAACUCAAUCUAGAGUCAUAUAGUAUAUAUGAUGCAUCAUAUCAUACUGUAGGUCCAGUGUUGAGGAUUUAGUGGUGUAGUUGCAGAUUCAAACUCUCUGGCUUCUCCUUCCCCUUCCAAGUGCGAAGGAGAAUCUACGGUGGCUGCAAAACACAUAAAAAACAGCCCUAUCUAGAGCCAGAGUUUGGUUUAUCCGUUCUGGGCUGCUGUAGAAACAUGGUGGUUCAACAUGGUGGCCUCCACAGAAGGCGACCUGCAACAUCUGUAGAUAAAAACUCAUUCUAAGGUAACAAAAGCAUAAUGAUUCUUAUUUUUUAGGUGGUUAUACACUAAUGAAAACAUGCAUAUGAAUAUUAUAUUCAAUUUCUGACAAUAGGUCCUCCUAAAUGUUACACACUGGACCUUUAAAGACUGAAUGAUGUCUUUAAACCAGUUCAGAACGUAUAGGCUAAGUAAAAACUGUCAUUUUCAUUGUAUAAAGCUAACACACUUUCUUCAUUAUCUUUACAUGUAGCUUGAUGAACACUAUAUCAUUCCAACCUGUAUGUUAGACUUUAGCUUAUAUCUCAAUCCUCCUUUGGCUUAUAUAAGACUUCACACAGGUUAGUGUGUCAGUUUGACAGUGAUUCUGCCACUGAUGUUGAAUGUAUGUGAAACAAUAAAAUAGAUGAAUGUAAUAA